CGUUCCGGCGAUAAAGAAUCGUUUUACAAAUGGUUCACGUAAUAGAAGAUGCGGUACAUCAACCCAUUUUGAAGAACCGUGGACGCAAGAAAACGAUGGAGUCUAACAAUGUUCACCAAACGAAGAACAAUUUGGUUGAAUGUAAAUCAAAAGAAAAGAGAGAAGUGCCUCCAAAAGAAAGUUACAGGCGUGAACUGAGCACAAGCCAGUUGAGCUUGAUCGAAAAUCUUUACAACUAUGACAUCACAUUGUCAAGGAAUCUAAGCAUUUGUGCGGACAAAGAAUCGGGUAGAGGGAGAUCGCUGAUGAUUCUUCUCGAAAUUAGUGGACACGGAGUUCCGUGGAUUGUUGGUACGGUCUUUUCUGUGAUAUUUUUCUCAGGUGUAAAACAAGAAUUCGCUUGUAAUUUGCUUCUUGCAUUGAUGUUCGAUCUAGUCAUAGUUGGAGGCUUAAAAGUUAUUGUGCGACGAAAAAGACCAGUAUACAACCAUGAAGACAUGUUUGCUACAGUAUCUGUGGACAAUUACUCAUUUCCUUCUGGUCAUUCAACGCGAGCUGCCAUGGUUGCAGGUUUAUUUGCAAUGUUCAUGGAAAAUGGAGUUUGGAGAAUUCUGAUUGGUUGUUGGGGCCUGUGCGUGUCCGUGUCUCGUAUUAUACUUGGCAGACAUCACGUGAGUGAUGUGUUCUGUGGUGUUUUGAUUGGUUUGUUACAGUGCUGGACUAUUUGCACCAUUUGGUUGGCAUCCAAGACUUGCCAGGAACUCUUGACACUUAUACCAUAUUUCUAUGAACUAAGGAAGCAAGUUCAUGUGCUAUUUCAGAAUUGAUGAUUUCAGACAUUAACAGAAAAUAAAGACUACACUGUCUUUAGCUGAUCUUGCAUCUACCCAACAGGAAGAGUAUCUGUGUUGGAAGAUCCAAGUAGACUCAGUAAUUUAUUUAUAAUGCUUUCAAAAGGAUUUUUCAUGUAUAUUGAACUUUCUAAUUCCAUUAAAUUUUGUUCAUGACUUGUCUAUAAUCUACAGCAAGGCUUUAUAUUGGAGGGUUAAGCUAAGUUCACUAGUUUAUUGUUUGAAAUAAGUUGAAAAUUGUUCCUACUUCACAUUACAAAAAAUAUGUUACAUCUUCAUCUAAUGGUAUAACAUAUAUGCAAGAUCUCAGUGGCACUAAAACAUGUGCUGCAAAGCCUCAAUAGACAAGCCCCCCUCUGGCAUAACCACUCCUACUACAACUCCUUCACUAGCCUGAUCACAGGCUAUCCACCACAAAACAAAAUUAAUCUAGGACAUGGUCUGGAUAACAGUGAUAAGCCACCAUUUCUGUAAUAAUGCUGGGAAUUCUCUUAUUAAGCUUAAGUACCAGAUCUGCAAUAAUCAUUUACAUCGAUGAACUAUUAUUCCACAUGGACAAGUAAAGGUAAGCUGUCAAAAAAAAAGGCAUAGACCAAAUCUUAUCGCAAGAAUGUUAAGAGAUUCAAAAUGAAUCAUUGGCUAAUGUAAGACUGAAAAAAGACACAUAUAUUAGUGGUGGCAAUGAAGAGAUGAGGUAUGAGAGCAGCUCUGAUGAAAUGUCUCAAAAUGAAUUACAGUAAUGGACUACAGUUCCUCAACUGAACACCCUGGCACUUAUUAAAUAUUUUUGCUAAAAGGAGGGGCACUUAUUAGAAGGAGGGACACUUGUCGAAAAGAGGAUGCUCACUCAGAGAGGGCACUUGUGAAGUAAGCCCAGCACUAGAGAACGAAUUAAAAUAACAGAUAAAGCAUGUAAAGGAACUCCUGAAGGAACAUGGAGAUAGAAAUAACUGGAAUAGAAAAGGAAAUAUUCUCCUAUACUGAU